AUGUUUGCUCGACGACGUUUGCAAAAACUGAUGGAGGAGGAGGUGUAUCGUAAUUCAGCUUUGGCUCUUGUCAACAUGAAUGUCGGUCAUCCUCCUCCCAAUGGCCAAAGUCACAUUCCCGAUGUGUGUCUCGACUCUUGGGAGCAAUACAAGGCGUACGUUUGGCUCUUCACUCAAAUCGGUGUGGGCAUACGACAAAGUUGUCGUCCUCUCAUCACCACCUUCAUUGAUUCGCGUGGUGAUGUGGUGUCUGCCACAGGACUGGCGCAGGCUCUUCGUGACCUCUUCACCUCGCAGGCAGAACGGGAUCGUGUCAGUCAUGGCGGUGUCUGCUCCUCUUUCUGCCUGUUGGAGAUGGCGCAUACUCACUAUCACCUUCUGCCCAAACGGAGAUCUGUGGUGACCCAAUCCUCGACGACGCCUCGUAGAGUUACGUCCGCCUCCAACGCUACCUCACUUCCCACAUCCCCCAAGCAGUUGGUUGAGCCACUUACCUCGCCGAAGUUCAAAUCCGAUAGCUACGUUGGGGACAAAGGCUUCUUCACGUUCUUCACGGACUCACCAUCUAAUCCAACGACCUUUGAGCCGCUCCAUCAGCAUGAGCAGGAUGCUGCCAACCAAUCUAGCUUUCACUACCUUCGUGACAUGCCUGAUCUCAUAGAGCUGUCACAGAAGUUACAGACUCGCUUAGCUGAGGCCUUCAGAAGCAGUGGGGCCAAUACCUCUCCUGACAACAAUGGGGAGAGGAAAGAGACAUGUGGGAGUCGGGUGAAGGCCUAUCUCUCCAAGGAGGCGGCACUUCGUCUCUCUCAUCGCCUAUUGGCCAGCCAAACAGUGCCAACGCUGGGUCAAAAAUCCACUCGCUCAAGAAGUCAUAGAACUCACCUUUUCUUCCUCCUACACUCAUCCCACAUCCUACAUGAUGGCGAUGAUGAUGAUGAUGAUAUCAGUGAAAUGACCUCGACUAGUUGGAACGGACAGCACCGAAGCCAACGUGUGAACACCAUCUCUGAGGCAAAAAAGAAAGAGAGAGACGAGAAACGGAAACUUUUCAAUGUCAUUAACACGGAGAGAUCCACACCUUCACAACCACUCUCACCUAUCAAACAGAGGCGAACAUUUGGACGAGAUUCGGAGGAGGAGGAGGCGAAGGAGGUGGAGUUUGAAUUAACUGCUUCCAGUGCUAUUUCAAUGAAUGUGGUUGAAGAUGUGGUCACCUUGCCGUCUUUCAAGAGCUCAGUCUCCCUUGGUUAUAGAUAUCGACAUGGUCGUCUCUUUCAAACAACCACUCAAGUAUCGCCGAGUGUGAAGACACCACCUCCAUGCAUCUCGGUUCCAGCCCUUCGGUUUGGUCUAGCUGAUCAAAAGAGCAAUAGCACUGCCACUUCUUCCUCUAUUCCUGAAAGCAAUAAGGCGGCAGACAACACGAAGGCGACAACAAAGAAAGGGGAGGAAGUGACACAAGUGAAGCUGCAGGAGGAUGAAGAGGUGAUGCAAUCAAAAGUUCAACGUACAUACCUUUUUGAGGAGGCCAUGAUCAAUGCUACGGAUUCCAAGCUGUGGACUAAUAUGCAAUUCUGGGAGGACUUAUUCCUCGACACCGUAGUACAGGAGCGAGGAAUGGACUUCGAUCCGGAAGGCUUGUUGGAGCACUACGCUCACCUCACUCCAAUCGGUCAAAAGCAUUUGGAGUUGAAUGAGGAUGACUUGUUGGCUGGAGUGAUGCACAAUCUUAUCGCCUUCAUGAGGGGCAACGACAUUGAUCUCCUCCCCAUGGCAAGUCGCCAAUUCACACCCGAAACCUUUUUCGUCUAUCCUGUGUGGUUGGAGGAGGCUGAGAUGUGUGCAAUGGAGGUAGGUGUUUCAUCACAGGUUGCUAUUGGGGAUGAGUAG